CGCCACUAUCCGUAUAUUUAUUAUCCUAGUUUCUAAGCAAAAAUUCUCGCGUACUGAAAUUAUGAGAGAUGCGGAGGUUUUUCAUUGCUAUAUAAAGCAAUCGUAUCUUCCCUGAGUAUGGCUCAUCUAUACAUAGUCAUUCACUCACAAAAGCUAUUCCUACACCAUGUCUGCACCAAUCAACCUUACUGGCAAGAAUGCCUUCGUUACCGGCUCCUCUAGAGGCUUGGGCCUCCACGCUGCCGAGGGCUUAGUCCGCACCCAGAUUUCCAUUGUCUUUAUCACAUCCAGAAGUGAUGAGGCAGUCCAAGAGGCCAAGAAAUACCUUGAGUUAAUCGCCGCCGAACACAAUCCAAAGUGCCAGAUCGUCGGAGUUGCUGCCGAUAUAACCAGCGACCUGGGCUUGGAUACUCUUUAUAAGGCCAUUGCGGCGAAGGUGGAUAAGCUCCACAUCUUGAUCGCCAACACCGGUGUUGCCAAGGGUGGAGUGAUUGAGGCCCACCCUAUUUCUGCUAUUCGCGAGGUUUUGGAUGUGAAUAUUACCGCGGUAUUUGCUUCCAUUCAAAUGCACUUGUCGUUGUUGGAGAAGGACGGCACACCUUCUAAUCCUGCCAGAGUCUUGAUUACCGGUUCUGUUGCUGGUAUUAGUGCAGAUAUAGGUACGAGCAGCUCCUACGGGUACCAAGCCUCCAAAGCUGGCGUGAACCACUUGGGCAGAGUCCUUGCGUUGGAGUUGGGUCCACGAAACAUUACUGUCAAUGUCCUCGCGCCAGGUUUCUUCCGUACCGAAAUUACCAACGGUUUGUUGGACGUUAUGGGAAACGCUUACGCAGCGAAUAACCCAAGGGGGAGAGUAGGCAACUCCCAGGACUUUAUGGGGAUCGUUCAGUUCAUGUGUGGCGGCGUUGGCAGUGACUACCUCAAUGGUGUUGUAUUGCCAAUCGACAGUGGGAUCCACUUAGCUGGUCGUCUCUUUAAGUAGUUUGUUUCACGAAUAAUGUACUAAAGGUACCAUUGAACCAGGUAAAUGUCUUUGGCCGAUCUCUUCUUAUCUCAGAUUGGACCGCGUCCUAUACAACUACCGACUCAGGAAUUUCGGCACUAUGUCUUACGGCCGAAAAAUAUCCUUUUGAUUGGCUAAUAGUAUCUAUCACCA